AUGAGUUCCACCGAUAACGACUUGUCAGAGCAACAAAAGGCCAGGACGGGCAAGAGGCGGGGCAAGGAUAGCAAUGAUGUCCAUGGAACGGGCAACUCGUCGUGGAAACAUCGUCGUGAAUACAGCACUUUCAGCUAUCAACCUUUGCCACGCAGCCAGGGGACCAUUCGGAUCCUUGAGCUUUUCUCUAGCGAAACUUCGGCUGCUGGAGUUCUUUGUGCAUUGAUCACACCAGGCGAGAACGAGAGACACCAAUAUCCCUAUGAAGCCUUGUCGUGGUGCUGGGGCACAGCAGGCAAGUCUGCUGAGAUCAGGAUUCAACGCAAUCGCAAGACAUACAUCAAGAAAGUGAGCCCGAACCUUGUGGCUGCUAUGAAGGCACUUCGCUACCCGGACCGUAGCCGCUUCCUGUGGAUUGACAUGGUUUGCAUCGACCAAGACGACCUGGGUGAGAAGAAUCAUCAAGUCGAGAUGAUGAACAUAAUUUACGGCAACGCUUCGCGAGUUUGCAUUUGGCUUGGGGACGCGACAGAAUCCAGUCGCAUGGCACUACGCUUCAUCAAGAAAGAGGUCUCACAUUUACGAAGCUUCGACACCCUCUGCGACAGUCAAGACGCGAGCAAGAAAUGGGUCGCGUUACUAGAUCUGAUGCAAAGACCAUGGUUCUCACGACGGUGGGUUGUUCAAGAAUUGGCCUUGGCGAAGAACCCCAUCAUCUACUGCGGCAGAGAUAGGAUCUCUUGGAAGAAAUUCGCUGUUGCCGUGGAACUCUUCGUGGAGGUGGAAACAGCGACGCAUCGCCUGUCGGAGGUCAUGAAGAAAGAUCGACAGUACCAGUAUAUUCCCAGUGUUUUCGACUACGUCUCUGCCCUCGGCGCUAGCUUGCUUGUUGAUGCGACAGAGCGCCUGUUUCGCGACUACAAGAAAUCCGAAGUAGCGCAACCCGUGCCAGACCCUCUGGCACAGAUUGAGUCAAUCACCGAUUCGGAUAGCGAAGCCUUUUCUGACCCAAGCGACAGCGAAGACGACUACACAUCUGCACCCCUUCAUUCAAGCCAUGUAGAGGACGUAUCUGGUAGCUCGAGACAUCGUAUACAGCCUCUUCUGAGUCUGGAAUAUCUGGUCUCAAGCUUGACCAUUUUCGAUACCACCGUUCCUCACGACACAAUUUAUGCACUGCUUGCGAUCGCGAAGGACACCACACCACGAGCUGUGAGCGUAAAUGCUGCUGUCACGUCUAGAAGCGCUCAAGCAGGCCUUGAGGUUUACACACAGCGCAAGAGCUACAACGUCGACUACAAACUGCCGUACGUAGAUGUAUGCAAGGACUUCAUUCAGUUCUCGAUCGACCGUUCUCUUCACGGCAACGCAAGUCGCGCGCUGGAUGUCAUUUGCCGCCCAUGGGCCAUUGAGGAGAGGAAGCUACAAAAGAUGCGGGAUACCAAGGAGAAAGAGAAGGAGAAAGAACAAAGAAGGAAGAAGAGAGAGAAGGACCUUGAAGCACGCCGCAAGGGACGCGAGAGCCGUAGAGCACUUUCCAAUCAUGCCGAACCUCCUGACCCACCUGAGGGAGCACCUGUUCAGAACGUAUCUACGAACGCUGAAUCGGGGGAUAUGGCAUUGCCUUCCUGGGUACCACAACUCUCGAAUGCACCAUACGCGAUGGCCCAACGGCCGGGUUUGACCGGCCCCAAGAUGAGUCGCAUUAACGCCGAUCCUUUGGUUGGACUUCCAAGUUCCUACUCUGCUGCUGAGACCAAGGGCGUCGACAUCAAGGCACUCCGAUUUCGUAAGCGACUGAAACCUGGACACUUUGACGAGGGUCGAUUCAGCAUGUACGUCCGCGGCUUCAAGCUUGAUGUUAUAAAGGAUGUCACCCAGGUAUCUCGCAACGGGCACAUUCCCGCAGAGUGGCUUGAUCUUGCAGAAUGGGAAGACGGAAAAGGGCUCCCACCUGAUAUGUUUUGGCGGACGCUCGUCGCCAACCGGGGCAAGGAUGGCAAGAAUCCACCCGUAUACUACUCGCGGGCUUGCCAAGAAUCGUUCAGAAAAGGUGGUCUUGAGAGCGGCGCAAUCGACACUACCGCGCUCAUUGAGUACGAACGCAAUUCUGUCGUCGCCCAGUUCUGUCGCCGUGUGCAGGCCGUCACAUGGAACCGUGCCCUUGUGCGUACCGAAAGCGGGACACUAGGGCUGGUCGGGAAAGAUGUCCAAAAAGGCGAUUUGGUCUGCAUACUCUACGGAUGCAGUGUUCCGGUCGUGCUGCGGGAGUGUCCCAAGAAAACCGAAGAAGUAUUUGAGGAAGAAAUGGAGCAAGAACUGGUCGAUGUCAAGAAUACUGUUGUACAGAAACUAAGGCAAUACAUCUUGCGUAAACGACGACAUGAAGCUUGGAAAGACAAAGAGAUGGCAAAGCUCUGCCGUGCAUGGCUGAGAACCACCGACUACAUGCGUAGCCACGGCAUCGAUUCUGCCAAAAUGUCAGCCAAAGACAAGCAAAACUCGACAGGAAUUCUUCUACGCAUCUUGAAGCAGGCCACUGCCGACUUCAAAUGCUGGUUGUAUGAAGAACGCAAGAGGGUAUGGCCCGCGAUCAGGAUUCGCAUUGUGGAAGAGAUGAAGGAGCGGAAGGAGCACCCCAAUAGGAAAGUGAGCAGGCCAGGUAAAAAGGAGACGGACGAAAACCUACGUAGACAGACGUCACGAAAACGAAGACAAUCACUGGGUGCUGCAACCAUGCUGGGGAGAAUCACUGAAGCACCAACAACGGCUGAAGGUGCUACCUCUGCCGCUUCUAAGGAAGGGCCCACAACUAUCAAGAAGAAGAAACCUUUGGUGGACUGGUGGGAGUUCGAGCUGGCACUUGUUGCCGGUAGACGCUGGUUGCAAAUGACUAGAAGAGGGAAGGCCAAUCGAAUCGACUUUGCGGUACAGUACAGUGAACAGCUAUGGAGACAGAAGCAGCAUGGCGAGUACGAGGCUGUCAGAAUGCUCAUCCUGAAGGAGAACAAAAAGAAGGUUGAGAGAGAGGCCGACGAGCUUAGAUCCUACCUGAUGCGCAGACGCGGAACUCACAACGGAGGUGUGACUGGCGGCCACCAAGUAGCGAACAAGGGACUCGAAAGAAACGACUCACCGACAAGAGGCAACGAGGAGCAUCGAAACGGCCAGAAUGAUGAAUACUCUCAGUACCAUGAAGACAACGAGGAGCAUGACAGUACUGAGGAAUACGGAAAGACGGAGAGAGAAACCAAUGCAUAUGACGGUGACCACAAGACAGAAGCGGAACAUUACGGGAACGGAGAGACGUCUCAGACACGUUCAAGAUCGUCGGGCUCGAGCCCCUUGACUGUACAUGCGCCGUAUGAUAUGCCAGCGGCCAUACGGCCCAGCUGGCGCCGUCCCAUAAACAGAACGAAGUUGACGGAGGGCGAGACGAUUGAAUACAAGAAGAAGGUCAUGGAUAAUCUGCGAGAGAGACUCGGCGACGAAGGCUACUUUUCUUACACGCUGCUUGGCAAGCUCAGAUGUGUCGCCUGCAACGGAAUCCAGUACUGCUCCAAGCGGUGCCAAAAGGCCGAUUGGAAAGUCCACAAGCUCAUCUGCAAAUCCUUCAGCGAGCACAUGAACAAUCGUCCCAGUCAAAAGCACUACAGCAUCAUUGUCUUCCCGAAAGAUGAAGAGGCGCCUCGCUUCGAGUGGACUCUGUUCGAGCCUGGCACCUACAACGCCAAGAUUCCUUCACCCAAGAAAGCCUACGUGCAAGAGCUGGGCUUCGAGUUUUAUGGCGUAAAUUGCAACAAUCGCAACAACCCCAUAGGAUACUUCGAGGAAGACAGCACCGAUUACACGACUAAGAGGCACAUCGCUGGAAAGCAUCUCGGAUUGCUCUUUACGAGAAACCUGGGAUCUUUCGAAGAGCCUCUGCCGGAGGAUAUACCAAUCAACAAGAGCUUGAUGGACAUCGAUCCUGAGCUUGCGCGACUCCACGGCAAAGGUCACGUCCUUGCCUGGGGCUGCCAUUGUCCCGAAGACAGACGCAAAACCUCCGAUCUCAACUGCACACCGGCAGACUUCCGUCACGCUGUGGACGCCCUGAGAAAGAACCACUACAAAGAUAGCUUGCGAGCGAAGGAGGUCAUAUCGAGGAAGACGGGUGGUGUCCUUGCCGUACGCCUCACUUGCGUGGGCGACAAGCUAUUCUUCGGCCAUCCUACAUAUGAGAGCCAGAUCGAGCCGCGCUCCAUCCUGAGCAAAGAUUCUCAGGUCCCCUGCCCAGUCGCCGAUAAAGUCGGCAUUCCAUUGAUCAUCCGGAAAGAGCCCCCUGCGCUCUCCUGGCGCGACCGCGACGUCGAAUCCCGUCGGGAGAACCACAACGCGGCGAUGCUCAACCCGCCAAACCAGAAAACUAAGACUGGCACUCUGAUCAUUGCUCGCAAGGACGGGAAGCCGCUUUUGCCUACGCACCUCUUCUGCCUCAUAAUCUACACUGGCGAGAGGCUCCAAGACCCGAAGUACGGAGAGGACGGCCACCGUCUGCCGAGUAUGAUGUUGCAGAGCCGUUUGAACCUGGUGUCUCCGGAGGACUUUGAGGAGUACUACAACAACGAGUGGCAUCGUUUGAAGCUUAGUGAGAGGUUCGUCCCCUCGCCUUAUCAGAUGUAUGAUGACUAUGAUGGCGAGAUUCAUCCUAUCAAUAUGAGAUAG